AUGUGUAAAUUAACAGCAAAAAUUUUUAAAUCCGUGAAGCUUCAAGUAAUGAAGUCAAGUUUUAUUAUUAUUUUACUAUUGAUAAAUGCGGUUCAGUGUUGCGGUCCAGCUCGUGGCAUUGGUGGAUCGCGUCGAAGUCGCAAACUCACACCACUCGUAUUUAAACAACAUGUGCCAAAUGUUCUUGAGAAUACGUUGGGUGCGUCGGGAUUGCACGAAGGAAAGAUUUCACGUGAAGAUCCGAGAUUCAGAGAUCUUAUACCAAAUUACAAUAAGGAUAUAAUAUUCAAAGACGAAGAAGGCACGGGUGCUGAUCGUUUGAUGACACAGCGCUUGAAAGAGAAGCUCAACAUCCUCGCAAUUUCAGUGAUGAAUCAGUGGCCUAGUGUUAAGUUAAGAGUGACUGAAGGUUGGGAUGAAGACGAUUUUCAUUCGAUAGAUUCGCUUCAUUAUGAGGGCAGAGCUGUCGAUAUCACAACAUCAGAUCGUGAUCGUAGUAAAUAUGGAAUGCUUGCAAGACUAGCAGUAGAAGCUGGCUUCGAUUGGGUUUAUUAUGAAAGUAGAGCACACAUACAUUGCUCUGUCAAGUCAGAUUCUUCACAAGCUUCACACUCGAGUGGAUGCUUCGCAUCGGACAGUACAGUUCAGACUGAAAGUGGAGAGAUAAGACGACUAAGUCAAUUGAAAGUCGGCGAAAAGAUUUUAAGUGUCAACAGUAACGGUGAGACAGUGUUCAGUGAAGUCAUAAUGUUCUUAGAUCGCGACAUUAAUCAGACAAGAGAAUUUGUACAAAUCAAAACAAGAAGUGGAGCUACAAUACGCACUACACCUGCACAUUUAUUGCCGGUUUGGAAACCGCAUAAGCAUGAAACCAAAUAUCUUUACGCUGAUGAAGUGGAAGAGAAUGAUUUCCUUUUAGUCAAUGUUAACAAUAAUCUGGAACCGCAACGUGUGACGGAAGUGAGUGCUGUUCUAUCGCGGGGCUUCAUUGCACCACUAACGAGAGAAGGCACUGUUGUCGUUGAUUCCGUAGCAGCGUCAUGUUAUGCUUUAGUUAAUAGUCAAUCAUUAGCACAUAUUAGUUUUAUGCCAUAUAGAACAAUGAAAACGAUAGAGAGUUGGUUGAGUCGAACUGAUAACAAACCGAUUCCUUGUAAACAAAACGGCAUUAAUUGGUAUGCAAAAGCACUUUAUAAUAUUAAAGAUUAUUUACUACCUAAGGACGCUGUAUAUUCGAGAAAAUAA